GGACGUCCGAGCGAUGGCACGUUUGCCGGCCCUGACAUUGUGUGCGCCGUCGGAGUCUCGGACGGAUCGAUGGAGCAGUUCGGCCUACCUGGACGGAUCGACGAGCGACGCUCCGGGCUUCGACGCUGGAGUGAACGACUGGGCCAGAAUGAAUGCUGCACGGUGGGCCCGAAGAGAGCAGGAUUGGAUUCCAGAAGGGCAGAGAGCCCGCGGGUGCCCGCCGGCACGAUGGGCCGAGCCCUUCGGGCACGCAGCCGGGCGCCAGCGCGUGCGGCCCGUGCUCAGUGUUCCGUUCCGUACCGUCGGAGUCUCGACGCUGCGCGGCUCCCCCCUGCGGAGGCGUGGCCGUCGCCGCUGCGGCUGCGGGUCGGGGAGGAGACUACCCCGCGCGCCUGGCGCGCCGGCAGCGGCUCGGGCGCGCCGCGUUGCGCCUGCUGCUGGCGGCCGGGCUCGGGCCGGGCGUGGCGAGGCGCAGCCGGCCGGCGAAGCGCUCGGGAACGCCCUGGCUCGGCGGCGCUCGCCAUGCCCCCCCCGGGCGCGGCGCCGAGAUGGCGGAGGCCAAGAAGGCGAAGACCGGCCAGGAGGCGUACUACAAGGUAAUCGACGGGAACAAGUACGACCGUGCUCUGCUGGAGAAUGCUGAGGAGUUCGCUGCGGACGGGCAGAUCGGCUACCCGGAGGCCAAGCAGCUCUGGCAGGACGCGCAGGACGGCAAGGGCGUGACGGACAUCGAGAGGGCGACGCUCGAGUACGCCCUGAAGACCUACAAGUUUACGCCGAAGGCCAAAAACUUCCUGACCACCUACCUGGCCGCAGGACAGAGCAAGUCCUACUACAAGGUCGUGGACGGGGUGAGGUACGACCGCGAGCUGCUGGAGUCGGCCGAGAAGGCCGCGGCCGACGGCCAGGUGUCGCUCCCAGAGGCCAAGGAGCUCCUGGCCUCCGCCGCCGACGGGAAGGGCGUGACGGAGACGGAAAAGGCCACGCUGAGCUUCGCCCUGAAGAAGCUCAAAUUCACAGACAAGGCCCGGCAGUUCAUGGAGGAUUCGCUCCGGGACGUCAAGACGGUCACGCCGCGGCAUCGGCCGCCCAGGGCGGAGGAGGCCGAGGAGCAGCUGCCCAGGUCGAAGGAGGAGGCCAGGCGGGCGCGCGCCGACGUGGCCCAGCGCACGGACUGCCCCUACCUGGGUACAAUCAACAGGCACGUGCUCGACUUUGACUUCGAGAAGUUGUGCUGUGUGUCACUGUCUGGCGAGAACGUGUACGUGGACCUCGUCGACGGGAAGUACUUCCAGGGCCGCGGGAAGGAGACGCACGCCUACCGCCACGCCCUGGAGAAGGGCCACUACGUGUGGAUGAACGUGGUCGACGGCAAGGUGUUCUGCAUCCCCGACGGCUACGAGGUGGUAGACAAGUCGCUCGAGGACAUAAAGUUUAACCUGCACCCGCUGUUCGACGAGGAGGAGAUCUUGCAGACCUCCACAAAGGUUCGGUACGCAAAAGCGCUGGACGGGACCGACUACAUCCCAGGCUGCAUAGGGCUGAACAAUAUUUGCAGCUCGGACUACCAGAACGUCGUGGUCCAGUGCCUCUGCCAGGUGAUCCCGCUCCGGAACAUGCUGCUGGGCUACCUUGCGCCGAAGGAGAAGAAGGCGGACCCAGUGCUGAGCAGCCUCGCGGACCUGAUGCGCAAGAUGUACAAUCCCAGAAACUUCAAGGGCCUGGUGUCCCCGCACGAGUUCUACCAGGCCAUCGGCAGGGCCACGGGCAAGAAGUUUUACGCCAAGCAGCAGGA